UUCCAUUUUGUUCCAGUGCUACCACAACCAAAGGAUGGCAGAGAAAAAACAUAAAGGAUUCUUUGUCAGAGGAAAGUUUCGUGCAAGUAAACAUAAGAUUAAAGUACCUCUGACUCCACCUCCUCUGACCUUUGAAACUCCAUGGAGGAAAAUUUCCUGGGGAAAUAAAGAGGAGCAACUGACAGCAGUGAAAAAUUAUAAACCUAUAAACGAUGACAUUGAACAUCUGCAAAUUCUUCUGUACGGGCCUGUUGGAGCAGGAAAGUCAAGUUUCAUCAACUCAGUCAGCAACGUCUUACGGGGCAGAUUGACUCUUCCUGCCUCCGUCUGUUCAGUCAACUCUGAGAUCAGUUUCACCAAACAAUAUGAAACUCAUCAAAUCAGAAAAGGAAGAGACACCCCAAAGACAUUUUACCCGUUUGUCUUCAGUGAUAUGAUGGGGCUGGAGGAGGGGUCGGACUCUGGAGUCCAUCCUGAUGACAUCAAACUGGCCAUGAAGGGACAUGUGAAGGAAGGUCACAUGUUCAAUCACCUCGAACCUCUGACAGACCGUGAUCCAGGCUACAACCCGGCACCCUCUCUACAAGACAAAGUUCAUGUUCUGGUUUGUGUGAUUUCUGCAAACUCAGCUGAAAUCACACCCUCAGUUCUUCAGAAGAUGAAGGAAGUCAAGGUCAUGGCCAGAGACCUGGGAAUUCCCCAAAUGGCAAUCAUGACCAACGUUGACCUGGCCUGUGGUGAAACUGAAAAGGAUCUGAAGAACGUCUAUAGGAGCCGACACCUGAGGCAGAAGAUGUCAGAGUUCAGCUCAGCUGUGGGAAUCCCCUUGAACUGCAUCUUUCCAGUGAAGAACUACAGUGAAGAGAUCGAUCUUGACGAUGACGUUGACACCUUGAUCCUGAGCACUCUGAAACACAUGCUCGACUUUGGAGACGACUUCAUCGACAAGAUGAAACCCUAGACACAUGGGAAACAUCUUAAUGCAUCAAGACUCUGUUUCAUUACAGAGGCACUGAAAUGCUAAAGUUAUGCAGGAUCACAAGUUCCUUCUAUAUAAGUUUGUGGUGAUUUAUUUCUGUCAUACAACCUGUAGAUGUAGCUGCACAUAUCACUGAUCUGGUUAGAUGUUACUGUGCUUCCUCAUUACUGAAAACAACAUGAUCUCUGUCCAUGUAGCCACAGCACAAGUUGGUUUAUACCAUCAGUCAAUCAUAGACUGUACGUAUAUACACAAAUCUCAAACUUGGAUUCAUCAGAAUAUGAUAUGCCUGAUAUCUGUGAUCAGCCUAUCAGAGAGUUCUUGUUGGGGGAGUCCUGCUUUCCCAUCAUGCAGUGAUAAGAGCAUUACUCCAGAUCAGCCAUUAACAUGACAGAGGAAAUAUAUGAGAAACUCAAAGGUCAAAUGGCCAGUUCAUGGACACCAGGUCGUACUGACCGUGAGUCCAACAAGACCUCAUCUCUACAUUGGACAUUUGACCGUUUUUUCUAUCUUGAGAAUUAACAUGAGAGGAACUAUACUCUUAGAAACCUACAGACCAAGACCAGUGGUCUUAUCUUAUCUAUGGAGCCAGUAUCUUCUUAUUUCUCUGCAUGUUUGAAAUCAUACGAAAUAGCUGUCCAACCAUUCUGUAAACCGCAUCAUUUUAUUGAUCAAAUGUUUUCAGACAAAUCAAAAUCUGGAAAAUCUGCAAUAUCUCAUUCCUAAACUGAUAUAUUGAUGUGAUAAAUUUACUAUAUGUAAUUAUUAGAAUGUUAUUCCAAUACUUGAAGUUUGAAACCAGUUCCUCCUUAAAGAUCAACAAGAGCUGUUGUUAAACUAACAAAAUGUGUGCUACAAUAACUCAUAUUAGAGUGUAUUAUUACUUAACUUAUAUGUGGGUGAUCCAACAUGUUGUGUAACACUGUAACCAAAGAAGCAACUAUUGUGUGAUAUGUAAAGGUUCUGUACUGUCUGUAUGAGUUAAUGUUUUUAAAAUGAAGACGUGAAAAAGUUCUGAAAUAAGCAUGUCAGUUAAAGGCCAUAUUAGAUGGGUAGGCCCUGGUGUUGAGGGAUGGCUUGGGGAUCAUGGUAAACGAGGCCUCUGAUAGGCCUUUAAUCAAUUUAGAAGGAGUUUAGAUACAGUUGUGAAUUACUAAGCUCUUAAAAGCUUGUAAUCUUGACACAAUUAUAAAUCAUCUUCAGCAUGUUUUGUUUUUUAGAGACGGCAGGGAUACUUUAUUCUUCUUUCCAGCCCCGGGGGCUCCUGCAGGUUUACAGAUGUUACUGCCUGUGAUAUCACAAUAAACUCUUUUGCAAUUAA